AUGACUAGCCGUAAACCAGGAGCACUGCUUUCACCUUCAGUUUCAGAUGUCAGCAGUGUGAUUGGAACUGAAGACAGCAGUUUUGACCGCAGCUAUGUAAAAAAGAAAUUGGAACAUGGUCUUUCACGAAUAUGGCAGGAUGUUCAAUUGAAAGUGAAAACAUAUCUUCUGGGAACAGAUCUGUCUAGCUUCAAAUAUGACGACUUCAUAUUUGUACUUGAUGUUAUCAGCAGGCUGAUGCAAGUUGGAGAAGAAUUUUGUGGCAGUAAGUCUGAAGUUUUGCAAGAAUCUAUCAGAAAACAAAGUGUUAACUAUUUCAAAACUUACCACAGAACCCGUCUUGAAGAAUUAAGAAUGUUUUUGGAGAAUGAGACCUGGGAACUUUGUCCUGUUAAAUCAAGCUUUAGCAUUCUGCAGCUUCAUGAAUUUAAGUUCAUGGAGCAGUCACGUUCCCCGUCUGUGUCACCUAGUAAGCAGCCUGCUUCAGCAAUUUCAACAACAGUAACGUUAUUUGAGCAGUACUGUAACGGAGGAAACCCAUUUGAAAUUCAGGCUGACAGCAAAGAUGAUGAGACAGAAGAUGUGUUAGCUUCCAAUGGG